AUGUCCCUGCUUUCAUCGAAGCUACUCGUUUUUGUAGCGCUUUUGAUAAUCGUUCCAGCGACUAAUGCCGAAGCGAACAAGAAAUGCAAUGCACGUUGGAAGGCAUAUGGUUUUGACGAGAGCCUAAAUGAUGUGAGAAGAAAUAAAGUGCAAGAAGUGAUACGGCAGAAACAAGGAGUUGUAAAAUAUGCUUGUGAGCACGAGCAAAUCGCCGCCAAAAUUCGUGACGAGGUUCUAGAAGAUGAUCCCACAUUCACUUAUGGCAUAGAUCUAGUGUUUGCAGCAAAAGAGAAGUUCAAAAUCUCCGAAGAAGUUACUUUCUUUCCUGAGUGA